AGGCGGGGCCGGGGGCGCCCGCGCCGCCAUAUUCCCUCCCGCCGGCCGGCCAUCGGCGCGCAGUUACCAUGAGCACCGCCGCCUUUCACAUCUCCAGCCUCCUGGAGAAGAUGACGUCCAGCGACAAGGACUUCAGGUUCAUGGCCACCAGUGACCUGAUGUCAGAGCUGCAGAAGGACUCCAUCCAGCUGGAUGAGGACAGUGAACGCAAGGUGGUAAAGAUGCUGCUUAGGCUCCUGGAGGACAAGAAUGGCGAGGUGCAGAACCUGGCUGUCAAAUGCCUGGGUCCUCUGGUGGGCAAAGUGAAGGAGUACCAGGUAGAGACCAUCGUGGACGCUCUCUGUGCCAACAUGCGGUCAGACAAGGAGCAGCUUCGAGAUAUCGCUGGCAUCGGCCUCAAGACUGUCCUGUCGGAGCUGCCCCCUGCAGCCACAGGCUCUGGCUUGGCCACCAACGUGUGCCGGAAGAUCACUGGCCAACUCACCAGUGCCAUUGCCCAGCAGGAGGACGUGGCCGUGCAGCUGGAAGCCCUGGACAUCCUCUCUGACAUGCUGAGCAGGCUGGGUGCCCCACUGGGUGCCUUUCACGCCAGCCUCCUGCACUGUCUCCUGCCACAAUUGAGCAGUCCCCGCCUGGCUGUGCGCAAGCGAGCCGUCGGGGCACUAGGCCAUCUGGCGGCCGCCUGCAGUACUGACCUCUUCGUCGAGCUCGCCGAUCACCUGCUAGACCGGCUGCCUGGCCCGCGCGCAUCCGCCAGCCCCGCCAGCCCCGCCAGCCCCGCCGCCGUCCGCACCCUAAUCCAGUGUUUGGGCAGCGUCGGCCGCCAAGCAGGCCACCGCCUGGGGGCCCACCUGGACCGCUUGGUGCCUCUGGUGGAGGAGUUCUGCAACCUGGAUGAUGAUGAGCUCCGGGAGUCCUGCCUUCAGGCCUUUGAGGCCUUCCUAAAGAAGUGCCCCAAGGAGAUGGGCCCUCAUGUGCCCCAGGUAACCAGCCUGUGCCUCCAGUACAUGAAGCACGACCCCAACUAUAACUACGACAGUGACGGGGAGGAGGAGCAGAUGGAGACAGAGGAUAGUGAAUUCAGUGAGCAAGAGAGUGAGGACGAGUACAGUGACGACGAUGACAUGAGCUGGAAGGUGCGCCGGGCAGCAGCCAAGUGCAUGGCGGCCUUGAUCAGCUCUCGGCCUGACCUGCUACCUGACUUCCACCGCACCUUGGCGCCAGCACUCAUCUGCCGCUUCAAGGAACGUGAGGAGAAUGUCAAGGCUGAUAUCUUUGGGGCCUACAUUGUGCUGCUGCGGCAAACACGGCCCCCGAAGGGAUGGCUGGAGGCCAUUGAUGAGCCCACUCAGACUGGCAGCAACCUCCACAUGCUGCGAGAACAGGUGCCCCUUGUGAUCAAGGCCCUACAGCGGCAGCUGAAAGAUCGGAGCAUCAGGGCCCGCCAGGGAUGCUUCAGCCUCCUCGCCGAGCUGGCGGGCAUCCUCCCCGGCAGCCUGGCAGAGCACAUGCCUGUGCUGGUAGCAGGCAUUGUCUUCUCACUGGCGGACCGGUCUAGCUCCUCCACCAUCCGGAUGGAUUCCUUGGCCUUCCUGCAGGGGCUUCUGGGCACAGAGCCUGCUGAGGCCUUCCACCCACACCUGUCCGCCCUCCUGCCACCUGUAAUGGCCUGUGUGUCUGACCCUUUCUACAAAAUUGCAGCUGAGGCCCUGCUGGUGCUACAGGAGCUGGUGCGGGCCCUGUGGCCUCUGGGUAGGCCUCGGAUGCUGGACCCCAAGCCAUACGUUGGAGAGAUGUCUGCAGCCACCCUGGCACGGCUCCGUGCCACCGACCUGGACCAGGAGGUGAAGGAACGGGCCAUCUCCUGUAUGGGCCACCUUGUAGGCCACCUGGGUGACCGGUUGGGGGAUGACCUGGAGCCAUCGCUAUUGCUCCUCCUGGACCGUCUGCGGAAUGAAAUCACCCGGCUGCCUGCCGUUAAGGCACUGACGCUUGUGGCUCUGUCCCCACUGCAGCUUGAUCUGCAGCCGAUCCUGGCUGAGUCAUUGCCCAUACUGGCCUCAUUCCUGCGUAAGAACCAACGGGCGCUGCGGCUGGCCACAUUGGCUGCCCUGGACGCCCUGGCUCAGAGCCAGGGACUCAACCUCCCUCCAUCUGCUGUGCGGGUUGUGUUGGCAGAGCUGCCUGCCCUGGUCAGCGAGAGUGACAUGCAUGUGGCCCAGCUAGCUGUGGACUUUCUCACCACGGUGACCCAGGCCCAGCCAGCCUCUUUGGCUGAGGUCAGUGGCCCCGUGCUCUCAGAGCUGCUGCAUUUGCUGCGUUCACCCCUGUUGCCAGCAAGUGUGCUGGUAGCUGCCCAAGGCUUCCUGCAGGCUCUGGUGGGGACCCGGCCCCCGUGUGUGGACUAUGCCAAACUCAUGGGCCUGCUCACUGCUCCUGUUUAUGAGCAGGCUGUGGACGGGGGGCCAGGCCUGCACAAGCAGGUGUUUCACUCUCUGGCUCGAUGUGUGGCAGCCCUCACAGCUGCCUGUCCCCAGGAGGCAGCAAGCACAGCAAAACGCCUGGUCUGCGAUGCCAGGUCACCCAACUCCAGCACGGGGGUCAAGGUCCUGGCAUUCUUGUCAUUGGCGGAAGUCGGCCAGGUGGCUGGGCCUGGCCCCCAGCGGGAGCUGAAGACAGUGCUUCUGGAAGCCUUGGGGUCACCCAGUGAGGAUGUGAGGACGGCAGCCUCCUAUGCACUAGGCCGUGUGGGUGCUGGGAACCUGCCCGACUUUCUGCCCUUCCUGCUGGGACAGAUUGAGGCUGAGCCCCGGCGACAGUACCUGCUGCUACACUCGCUCAGGGAGGCCCUGGGGGCAGCCCAGCCUGACAGCUUAAAGCCCUACGCCGAGGACAUCUGGGCCUUGCUGUUCCAGCGCUGCGAGGGUGCUGAGGAGGGCACCCGGGGAGUAGUGGCCGAAUGCCUCGGGAAGCUUGUCCUUGCAAACCCCCCAUUCCUUCUGCCCCGCUUCCGGAAGCAACUCGCUGCAGGUCAGCCACACACCCGGAGCACUGUCAUCACAGCGGUCAAGUUCCUGAUCUCGGACCAGCCCCAUCCCAUUGACCCCCUCCUGAAGAGCUUCAUUGGAGAGUUCAUGGAGAGCCUGCAGGACCCAGACCUGAACGUGCGCCGGGCCACUCUGACUUUCUUCAACUCAGCUGUGCACAACAAGCCCUCGUUGGUCCGGGACCGGCUGGGGGACAUCCUGCCCCUCCUCUACCAGGAGACAAAGAUCCGCCGGGACCUCAUCCGAGAGGUGGAGAUGGGGCCCUUUAAACACACAGUGGAUGAUGGGCUGGACGUGCGGAAGGCAGCCUUCGAGUGCAUGUACUCAUUGCUCGAGAGCUGUCUGGGCCAGCUGGACAUCUGUGAGUUCCUGAACCACGUGGAGGACGGCCUGAAGGACCACUAUGAUAUCCGGAUGCUGACCUUCAUCAUGCUUGCACGAUUGGCUACCCUGUGUCCUGCGCCUGUUCUGCAGAGGGUGGAUCGGCUCAUUGAGCCACUCAGGGCCACCUGCAUCGCCAAAGUCAAAGCUGGUUCCGUGAAGCAGGAGUUUGAGAAGCAAGAUGAACUGAAGCGCUCUGCCAUGAGGGCAGUGGCCGCCUUGCUGACCAUCCCAGAAGUGGGGAAAAGCCCCAUCAUGGCCGACUUCUCUUCCCAAAUAAGAUCCAACCCUGAACUUGCUGCCCUCUUUGAAAGCAUCCAGAAGGAUUCUGCUUCAGCCCCCAGCACAGACUCAAUGGAGCUCAGCUAGUCCUACCCUAGCCCCUAGAUGGGCCCUUACUCAAGAGAAGGGGACCCACUCAAGCCUAAGGCCUCAGCCUCACUUUCCCGCCACCCAAGGCCAUUGGCCUUUACUUACAAACUUUCAUUUCCCUGGAGGCCGUCCUGCUCCUGUCUGGGGUUUACAGUGCCUUCUCCAGGGAUCCCAGCUCAUUGGCCCCCAACCUGAAGCUGUAAGGCUGCCAACAGUCGGGCCCUUUAACUCAGGACAGUCAUUCAAACUAACAGGGCAGAAUUUUCCAAGCCUUUCACACUGGUCUGUCUGGUUUCUUCAAGCUGGGGAGGCCCUGCCUCACAAAGUACUUAGUAUUUAGACAUAUUCUGUGCCCACAGCGGUGAGAGGUUAGGAGGCAGCAGGCUGGCCUUUCUUCCCACUAGAGUCCCAGAUUUGUCACACCACUCAUUUUUUCAAUUCAUGAUCUGAAAUACCAAAAAUUUGUACUUUGGCUGAGCAUCUUAAAAUCUCAAAUACUUCUGAGUUAUUCACAUUUUAGAAUUAUAAAGACAGGAUUUCUAAUUGGUAGUAAUGCAUCAGAAAUACUCACUUGCAGGGGGGAUAGUGUGGGUAGAGAAUUAAAGCUAAUGUGGUUUUCUAAUUUCCAAACUCUUACAUAGUAAACUGAGAAACAGUAAAGCACGAAAGUACAAACCAUGUUUCGUGUUACACGACCUAGGCAUAACCAGCUGGUUUGUCCUGAGGAAAGUUUUGAACAUGUCUAGUAUCAAGGACACAAAAUCAAGCAAUAGGCCAAAGAAUCUUUUGUGCUAUCCCAGGUUAAUAAAGGAGAGAUCCUAAAUUACAACUGUUUUCUCUGCACAAUUCCUCUAGUUAGUAGUCACACCACUUAUCAGCAUAUGGCCCCGUCAAUUUAAAGGAAUAAUGAAAAUGACCAAUGAUUUACUUAAUGUCUCAUACUAGGUCUUGAAUAGGAGGCAGUCAACGUGUUACUUUAUCUACUGAAACUAAGAGCCUUAAAAUCCAGUCAUGGCUAGUGCACCAAGGAAAUUAUAACCAGUGUAUUAUUUCUGGCUCAGCUGACCAGGUGGUGAAACUCCCCCCCCCCCCCGCCCCUCUCAUACACUAAAGCAGUGAUCUUCAACCAGU